GUACUGUUAGAAAAACCGGCCUGAAACCGCGCCCCAUCCCUUCGACAGAUUCAUCCCUUUACUAGAAUCCGGCCUGCUGUCCGAGUCUUACACCUUCUAGUCGCCAAAGCCGCACAGUGCACCACUUCCACUGCUCAACUCAUUUGUUCAGCGUCUACCUGAACCAUGCACUCGCUAGUUUGGGUUGCGACGCAUCCUCUAGCGACGCAUCCUCGCAGAAGUUUGCUAGUUGCGAGUAAAACAGCUCCUGUUGUUGGAGUCCUUUGAAGAAAGACCGCACUCGCCCGGGUCGUUCGGCCUAAAGGCUACAUGCUAAAAUAAAACGCCGAGUUUUAUUGCUGGUACCCUGGCGAGGCCAGUGCUGGGCCUUAUACACAUCCGUUACCUAGCAGGAAGCUUUGGAAAUGGCCUCAAGCGACCAGGCUUCGCUGGCUCAGUUGCCGACCAGCCCCACAAACCGGUGCGGCCCCGACCCCUCGCGCGUGUGGACUCCGGUCGUGGUCCGCUGCAUCGCCUCCUUCCUGCCGCCCAACGAGGUCGCCUGCAGCUUGCGCCUGGUGGACAGCGCCACGGCCGCGCAGUUCGCCGCGCCCGCACACGCCACCGUCACGCUCAGCCAGCCAGUGCCGCACCACGCCUUCGCGGCGCACUGGACCCGCCCCGACGCCUUCACCGCACUCAGCCGCUGGGAGAGGCGAGAGCUGCUGCGGCUCACGUCUUUGACGGGCGAUGUGUCAAACUUGGGGCUGCUCCUUCCACUGCUGCUGCGGCAUGACCCGCUUGCGGUGAAGCCGGCGGUGCUGGCCGCAGCCGCCGGCAGGGGCCACCUGGCAGCACUGCAGCUCCUGAUGGAUGGGCCGCCGCCGCAGCACCAGCAGCAGCAGCAGCAGCAGCAGCAGCAGCAUGGCCAGAGCCAGGCCGACCACCAGAACCAACAGCACUACCAGCCGCACGAGCAGUAUCAGCGCUGCCAGCAGCAACAGCAACAACUGCAACAGCAACAGCAGCGACAGCAACAGCAGCGACAGCCCCAGUCACAACCCAAACGUAAAGGGAAGGAGCAGAGGCAGAAACUGAAGCAGGUUGAGCAGGCGCGGCCGGAGCAACCGGAGUGGGAGUUGAAGCUCAGCGCGGUGGACGCCUUCGUGGCUGCGGCGGAGGCGGGCCGGCGGGACGUGUGCGAGUGGCUGCUGCGGCGGGAGCGGAAGCGGUCGGCGGGCCUGCAGCCUGAUGAGCUGGCCUGCAGCGGCCUGUGCCCCGCGGCGGCGGUGCGCGGCGGCCUGACUGACCUGGCGGAACAGAUGGCAACGCCGGCCGGUCGUGAGGGCCUGUGGCUGACACCAGGGACUCCGGCAUUGCAGGAGGACGCGGCGCUGGGCCUGUUGCGGGGCGCGGCGGAGGUCUGCGACGCUGGAACCUUUGAGCUCCUGUUGGGGCGCCACGGCGGCUGCUGUCUCACCAACCCGCUCGCGCGGCUCUGGCUCAUCGCCGCCGCCGCCGCCUCGCCCACGCCCGACUGGCGCGACAAGUUCGAGGUGCUGCAUGAGCGGCGCUUCCGGCGCCAGACCCUGGUGGGCAUUGAAGUGGUGCGGCGUGUGCGCCCCGGGGGCAGCGGUGCGGCUGGGGCGGCGGCGGCGACGGCGGUGGGUGCACGUGAUGGACCAGGCGCGGCAGGCCUGGCGGGAGCUGCUGCCGACGCUGCGGGCAUGGAGCCCGCAGCGGGCGUGGCUGCGGGCGCGCUGGGGGCCGCACCGGACGGCGCGGCGGCGGAUGCAGGGGCCGCUGCCGCAGCCGACGGCCCGGCGGCGCGGCUCCGGUUCCUACACGAGCAGCACGAGAUGGCUAUGGGCGUGGAUGUGGUGUCCGCGGCCGCGUACGCCGGGAACUGGGAGGCGUUGGAGUAUCUGCAUCAGCUGGGUAUGGUGCGGCUGGACGCGUGCGUGCCGCGCCUGGUGCUGUUGCGGGCGACGCAGGGCGGGCAGUGGGGGCUGCUGAGGAAGCUGCUGGCGCGGUGCGCGGCAGCGGCGGCGGGCGGCGACGGCGCACCACGAGGUGGCGGCGGACGAGCUGGAGGCGGAGGUGGAGGCGGAGGCGGUGGCGGGGCGCGGGCUGGCGUUAGCGCCAACGGUGCCGGUACGUUCUGGCGGGUGACGGUUGUCCACGGCCUGAGGCCAGGCGGGGAGCGGCGGCUGGGCCAGGGCGAGGUGGCCGCGCACGCGCCAGCCCGCACCGACCCGGGGCCGUCAGGUGCAGCGGGUGCUGCCGCUGCUGCCGGCGGCGUCGCGGCUGGUGGCGGCGGUGCGCCAGGCGUGCCAGGGACUGGAGGUGACGGGGAGGAGCAGCGUGCCCCGGCCGGCGCAGCCGUGGCCACUCCCGAUCCUCCCGCCGACAUCAUGAGUACCAGCGGCAGCAGCAGCAGCCACAGCGCGGUAGCCAUUGCGUCGGCCGCAACGGCGGAUGCGGGCGCUACGAGUGCGGCUAGAGCAGACGCAUCACCAGUAAAAGUAGCAGUGGCAGCAGCUGCGACAGCAGCAGCGGCAGCAGCGGCGACAACAGCAGCAGCCGGAGCUGCAACCGCCACAACCGCAAUCGCCGCGACAAGUACCGCAAUUGCCGCAACUUCCACGACCGGUGCAAUCGCUUCAGCUGUCACUAGUACAGUUGCUCUCUCGCCGAUGCAGACGCCGGUGCUGGCCUUGGGCAGCCACCGCAACCCACCGGAGGAGCUCGGGCUGGGCGCCGCGCCCUGCGGCGCCGCCGGAGCGUGGCUCCUGUGCGAGAUGGUAUUGCAGCCGGAUUGUAGCCUGCAGGUGUUCGAGUGGCUGGCGGCGGGGCAGGGCCCACGGGUCCAGCCGUACGCAGCCGUGCUCAUGGGGCGGGCGGCGGCGCGCCGCGACGGCUGGCGCUGGCUGCAGCACUUGCGGCAGUGCUACAGCCUGCCAUGGCGGGCGGUGUGUUUCAAUGAGGCGGCGGGCGCGGGCGCCAGUGAGGCACAGCUGGCGUGGAUGGUCGCGGACGGCUGUCCCGUGCCGUGCGACGGCGAGCCUUACGUCCGCGCAGCUGCCGUGUCCGAUGUAGCCAUGCUGCGCUGCCUGCAGCGCCUGCGCCGCGUCGCGCCGCCGUCGGCGGCGGCGGCCUCCGGGACCGAGGCCGUGACUGAAACUGAGGCCGGGAUUCGGAAUGGCGCUAAGGCUGGGACUGGAGGAAGAGCACGUGGCGCGGAUACAGACACCCAGAACUGCGGCGCCGGUGGUGGCGGCAGUAUUGCUGCUGGCAUCCUCGGGGAAGCUUGUGGCGGUGGUGGGUACGCCUAUGGCGACAUGGGCCGUGGCGAUGAUGGCACACGGGUGGCCGGCGGCAGCUACAGCAGCCGCUGCCGCUGGCGCCAGGGGGUGCCGUGUGUGCCGUCGGUGCUUCUGCGGGCGGCGCUGGCGGCGGGGCGGCCGGGCGAGGACCGGCUGCCCGGGCUGCAGGCGCUGCUGGACCUGGGGCUCGUGGGGCAGGUGGACUGGGACCACGUAAAGGAAGGGAUGGAGCAACACCAGCACCGCGGCGCCUCAGACGCGUCGCGGCAGCGCGUGCUAGCAUGGGUGAAGGCAAAGCGCAAGCAGGCGCGGAGGGAGGAGCGGGAGCGAGCUCGGCGGCGCGGGGGGUUGGAGCGCGUGGCGGGUGUGUUUCGGACGGUGCUGACUUGGGCCCGUGCACUGCGGCAGCGGGACAGCAGCUCGGGUGUGUGACGACAGCGUUGUUAUUGCCGGGGGAUCCGCAAAUUGCUGCGUCGGCAAUGCUUCGUCAGGCACGCCCUGCCACGUGGACCGUGGACCGUGACUGGUGGACCGAUCGUGGCCCGCGUUUCAUCAUGCACCUGUGAUAGCAUCUCAUAAGCGCCAUAAGCGCCAUAAUCAGACCCUCCAGGGGAGGGCGUGAACUUUGCAAAAUGUAUGUGGAAGCGAGAAUGAACCGAAGCCUCGCGCGCAUCCAACAACUUCUCAGGCAGGUUUCGAGCAACCCCACUUACGUGGAGCGCUUGGUAUCAAAAGCCGAUGCAGAAAUCGCCAGCCAUUUUGCCAUAUAUGGGCAGGCCACUGUCGAGGACCUAAAUCAAGCUUGUCCGGGGUUCUGCUAUGAACUGGUGAACACCGUACACGUGAUCACGCGCAAGGCUGUAGAGAGCAAGCUGAGGGAGCAUGGAGCUGCUGAAAAGUUGCGAGUGUGCAACGCAGUCGUGCUCCUGGGGGUCACUUCCCCCUGCGC